CUUAAACUAUUGACUAUUGUAUUUCAUGUUGCUUAUUAUUAUCUGUUGAUAGCACUAUAUACAUACAGAUAAUAAUUUGUUUAUUAUUAUUGUUUUAAAAAUGUGUUCAGAGAGCCCAAAAAUGGUUGCCAACGAAGAAACGUUUGAUGAAAAUAGUUUGGCCGAGUCCAAUCACAAGGAACAAUAUAAAGAAAUGAAAAGAAAAUUGAGACUUCUGGUAUAUGAAAACGAAAUCUUUCAACAGACCCUGAAAACAACCCAACGGAAACUUCUAAAAGCGUCACGAGAUAAAAAUGUUCUACUAGAUAGACUGAUACAGUAUGAAAUGGUAGAACUCAGCAGUAGUGAUGAUGAAUUAACUGAGUCAUCAGAUGAAGGCGAUUCUAUCAAACCAGAACCUAAAAAACGAAAAGAAGCACCAGCAAACAACUCUUCAAGUGGAAUCAGUAAACAAUCUAUUAGUCCCCAAAGGACUACUCCAACUCCAGCCAAAAAACGAAAACCUUCUACUCCAAAAGUUUCAAAGUUGGCACCAGUGUCACUUCAAUCAAACGAAUCUCAUUCUAACAGUGUACUGUCAACAACUGAAAGUAGCAAAACAAUGGCUGAAACUAAAACAGGAACCAAUUUCAAUCAACACGGUUUAUCAACAGACAUGUUUAAUGAUACUUUUUCAGGAAAAAGUGAAUCAAACAGCAUGUAUGACAUGGAAACAUCACCUAACAACAUUGCAGAGGACAUGAUCAAUGUCGAUAGUAUAGGAAAAUAAUUUACUCAACAAUUUCAUUUUAUUUGAACUUAUAAUUUUAUUGUUAAAUAUUGUACAUUACAUUUGUA